AUGAUGAUGAAGACGAUCGAUAGAGACAGAGAAGAGAGAGAGAGAGAUAGACAAAGGCGCACGUCUCCGUGCAAGGAUGUUGAAGGGGAAGAGGGAGAGAAGAAGAGGAGAGAGGAGGAGGAAGAAGAAGAAGAAGAGAAGUUGUUGAAGAUUGAAAGGUUGGAGAUCGAAGUUGAAGACCAGAAAAAGAAAAAAAAAAAAAAAAGGCGGAAGAGAAAGAAGAAAAAGCGGCAGAAAAAAGCAAAAAGAGCAAAAAAAAGACAGAAAAAAGACAGAAAAAGCGACGAACCAGUUUUUGACGGGGACUUUUUAGGGGACUUUUGGGUGGUCAGGUACGCUCAGGCACAGCUGGCGUCUCCCCAGGAACAGGCUUGGCAGGUAACUUUAGAGGCAGCGAUACACAGCCAGUACCAGAUAAAAUACGAUAUCAGAUGGAACAGAAGAGGCGAUAGAAGAGAGGAUAGAAGAGAGGAUAGAAGAGAAGAUGAAAGAAAGAGAAGAAAAGAAGAAGAAGAGAAGAAGGGAUACUGGGUAAAAGGCAGCAUGCUGGCAGAAGUAAAGAGAGCGUUAGCUGCUGCUGUCAUGCGCCCGAGCACUCUCUCUCGACUCGUCCAUGGCCCCCUCUCGCCUUCCCCGGCGCCGCUCAGGGAUGGACGGAUACUUGCAUUCUCUUUUGCUCUUUUGCUUUCUUGUCUCGCUAUCUUCCAAGGACAUCCAGCUCCAUUUACGGAGUACGUACUUACAUAUACAUACAUACAGAUACAAAGGCAAAAGAGAAAAGACAAAAAGAAAAAAAGGGCCUGUCUUGUCUCAUGA